AUGUUGAAUAAUAUCUAUACACAUCUGGGUUCUCGAAUGCGUUCUUUUGUGAUCCUCUAUCAACAUUUAGGCAGCAUCGGAUUCGUAACCUAUCCUCCUCCUCGGCCAGCCCGAAAAUUAUUUGGAUCCUAUUGUGAGGAAACCGGUGCUGCAGCUGGUCAGACACUUGCGCCUCCCGGGCUUGUCAGCACCGGUGAGGUCAAUGUGACAGCUUGA